AUGGACUACGACGCGCUCAAAGAGCAAUGGAGCGAGGUCGAAGAGCGUGAUGGUGUACGCUUGAGUUGGAAUGUUUUCCCCAGCUCACGUAUGGAAGCGUCGAGGCUCGUGGUUCCUAUUGGAGCUCUCUACACGCCGUUGAAAGAAAAGCCAGACACGCCUUUGCUCCAAUUUGAGCCAGUGACCUGCAAACAACCUUGUCGCUCCGUUCUGAACCCUUUCUGCCAAGUAGAUGUUCGGGCCAGGGUUUGGAUAUGCCCCUUCUGCCUCUCGAGAAACCAGUUGCCUCCACAUUAUAAAGAUAUUACUGCCAACGCAAUUCCGCCGGAAUUACACCCAGCUAAUACUACCAUUGAAUAUCGCUUGUCGCGGCCAGCUCCUGCUCCGCCUAUUUUUCUAUACUUGGUUGACCUUUGCCAAGAAGAAGAUGGAUUGAACUCGUUAAAGGAGUCUCUUGUCAUGAGUUUGAGUUUGUUGCCCGAAAAUGCUCUCGUUGGGCUCAUCACGUUUGGCACCAUGGCUCAAGUACAUGAAAUUGGAUAUGAGGGCUGCGCCAAGUCUUACGUCUUCCGAGGUAGUAAAGAUUACAGUGCGAAGCAGGUUCAGGAGAUGCUGGGAUUGUCCUCUUCUGGGAUUCGUCCUGGGAGCCAGGCCCAACCCGGACGCCCCGUACCAAUGGGCCCUGCCUCGAGGUUCCUGCUUCCAGUUCAACAGGCUGAAUUCUCGCUCACAAAGGCUUUGGAAUCUCUUCAGAAAGAUCCUUGGCCUACUGCCAAUGACCGGCGAAGUCUAAGGUGCACAGGCGUGGCUUUGAGCGUUGCCAUUGGCCUUAUGGAAUCUUCAUUCCAAAAUGCCGGCGGUCGCAUAAUGCUGUUUGCCGGUGGACCUGCGACUGAAGGACCUGGAAUGGUUGUUGGACCUGAGCUUCGCGAGCCCAUCAGGUCGCAUCACGACAUUGAUCGUGACAACGUGAAAUACUACAAGAAGGCCUUGAAGUUCUAUGACAACCUUGCGAAGCGUACGGCCCACAAUGGCCACAUUGUUGAUAUAUUUGCCGGUUGUCUCGAUCAGGUUGGUCUUCUGGAAAUGAAGGGCCUGUGCAACUCUACAGGCGGCCAUAUGAUUUUGACAGACAGUUUCACAUCAUCGAUGUUCAAGCAGUCAUUUGUCCGCAUUUUUGAAAAGGACGGUGACGAUAAUCUUUUGAUGGGUUUCAAUGCGGUCCUGGAAGUGCUCACUACAAAGGAAUUGAAAGUCACUGGCCUAAUUGGACAUGCCGUGUCACUGAAUAAGAAGUCUGUAUCUGUAGGUGAAACAGAAUGUGGCAUUGGCAACACAUGUUCCUGGAAAAUGUGCGGGAUCGAUCCACAGGCAAGUUAUGGCGUAUAUUUUGAAGUUGCAAGCCAGGGCCCGGCGACUCACCAACAGGCGCCACAGAAAGGCAUGAUGCAAUUCUUAACUUACUAUCAACAUUCUUCUGGACAGUUUCAUCUUCGUGUCACCACUGUUGCACGAAACCUGAGCGGCCCGGCUGGGGACCCUGCAAUUGCUCAGUCAUUUGACCAAGAGGCAGCUGCUGUACUCAUGUCUCGAAUCGCAGUCUUUAAGUCAGAGGUUGAUGAUGGGCCAGACGUGCUCCGAUGGGUAGACAGGAUGCUCAUUCGCCUUUGUUCGAGGUUCGCGGAUUACAGGAAGGAUGAUCCUUCAUCUUUUAGACUGGAGAAAAACUUCACUCUGUAUCCACAAUUUAUGUUUCAUCUGCGGAGAAGCCAGUUUUUGCAAGUCUUCAACAAUUCCCCGGAUGAGACAGCGUUUGACCGACACGUCUUGAAUCAUGAAGAUGUCGGCAACUCUCUCAUCAUGAUACAGCCAACAUUGGAUUCAUAUACUUUUGACCAGGAAGGUGGACAGCCUGUAUUGCUCGACUCAGCUUCAAUCCAGCCGACGCAUAUUCUGCUUUUGGACACAUUUUUCCAUAUUCUCAUUUUCCACGGAGAGACCAUCGCAGAGUGGCGAAAGGCAGGCUACCAAGACCAAGAAGGAUACGAAAACUUUGCUGCCUUAUUGGAGCAGCCAAAAGAAGACGCAAAGGACCUAAUCACUGAUCGUUUUCCCUUGCCACGAUUCGUCGUUUGUGAUGCGGGCGGUUCACAGGCGCGAUUUCUUUUAUCCAAGUUGAACCCCUCGACAACCCACACCACUGGACCAUACGGGGGUGGCGCAACCGCUUCGGCUCAAACUAUCUUCACUGACGAUGUAUCUUUGCAGACAUUUAUGGAUCACCUCAUGAAGGCUGGCUGGUGGGGCGCACAUACUUUUCGUCAGCCUCCAGUGACAGGUAAAAAUUCGUCUCCUCAUCAACUCACAAACGGCACGCAAACCACGAGCCUCUGCCAGGUCCGUCCAGUCAAUAUGCCUCCCAAGUUCGACCCCAACGAGAUCAAGAUCAUCCACCUCCGUGCCACUGGCGGUGAGGUGGGUGCUUCGUCUGCCUUGGCUCCCAAGAUUGGUCCUCUGGGCCUGUCGCCAAAAAAAGUUGGAGAAGACAUUGCUAAGGCAACUGGAGAUUGGAAAGGCUUGCGAGUGACUGUCAAGCUUACUAUCCAGAACCGUCAGGCUGCUGUCUCUGUCGUUCCUACCGCCUCAUCUCUGAUCAUCAAGGCUCUGAAGGAGCCUCCGAGAGAUAGGAAGAAAGAGAAAAAUAUCAAGCACAACAAGUCGGUCACACUGGACGAAAUCAUCGAAAUUGCCCGUACCAUGCGGCACAAGUCCUUCGCCAAAGAACUCAAGGGUACAGUUAAGGAGAUAUUGGGAACUGCCUACAGUGUUGGUUGCCAGGUAGACGGCAAGGCUCCUAAGGUUAUCAUUGAGGCUAUCAACAAUGGCGAUAUUGACAUUCCCGAAGAGUAA